AACAUGACCAUUCAUGCUAUGUAAUGGUCUGGGAUGCGUUAAUGGGCAAUUGUCUGAUGAAGGCAGUUUAUGGCAAUCAUGGAGGCUAUGUUUUGAUCAUCAGAAGAGCAGGGAUUCAGUAGGCAUGUUAGAUAUAUCUUCCCCAAAAGGACACAAAUACAUAAGGUAUGCACUUCCUGGAUAUACCAUCGGAUUUGUAGCUGCUUUAGCGGCUUGGAUCUUGACUCAUUCACCCCAACCAGCCCUUCUGUAUCUGGUGCCAUCGACUUUGGGACCUGUUGUUGUGCUCUCCUGGCUGAAAAAGGAACUCUUAGAGCUAUGGGAAGGGACAAGGCAAAACCUCAACGAGAAGUCUCGUUUGCCAGAGGUUUAAGUAACUUUAUCUUCUGAGC